GGAACUACACCUCCGCUCUGUAACUGAGAAGCUCACUUGACAGUCGUCUUCAGGUUAAGUGCCAACAAGAAGUAAACAGACUGUUGAUGUUGAAAUAGAAGAUAUGGAUCUUUGUUGGCAUCCUGUUCCAAAUACGUGCCCUCCUGGAGAACAAUAUGGGAGACCUGCUGAGCAAUCAAAUCAUGCUCUGGCAUAUAUGAAUACUCAAUCCAAUUUAUGCUGUAUUCCAACUUCAACUGGAUCACAAAAGUUGGUUCCAUUGGAUGUGUAUGGUCGACCAAAUAUUGAUCGUUGGACGACAGCAUACCAUGAAGCCUACAACACAUAUCAUGAUCCACGGGAUGGUAUAACAUUUAAUUGGAAAACAGAAGAGGAACGACUACAAGAAAAGGCAGGGUGUAUAGGGUGUCAGCAUGGACCUACAAGAAGACAAACGAGGACUGGUGGCAAUGAACUAUAUCAAACAACCCUUAACCUGUGUCACACAAUGGAAGAGGGGCCAGCUGAGGUGGCAGCAGGAACAAUCAGACUACAAUUGUGCCACCGCUUGGGACCAUGGAAGUUUGCAAAGGCAGAAUUACUCGCAGGUAUAGAAAACAACACCAGCAUUUUACAGUUUACACAGGUUUGUUUUAUUCUUAAUAUUGUGCAUUUUUUACAAUCAUCUCAAACACUUAGUGAAUUCGUUUAAAAUUGUAGUCAUUUUAUUGUAUAAAAAUGCUGUAGCAAAUUUGUAAACAGGGAAGUCCAACACACAGAAUAUAGAUAAAAAGAUGAGAAACUGUUUCUAUGUUGACUAAGAUGUUAGGAAAAAAACCUGCAGUUUCCUACUCCUGGUCUAGUGCUGACAUGUUGUCAGUAUAAAUUCCUAGUUGAUACUGGAGGGAAGCAAAGUCUUUUUCCUGCUUUCAACCAUAUUUGCAUCAGAAUUCCUAUUGAGUCAUUACAUAUAACAAUAUUACUUUAUCCAACUAGUGAUAAAAGACUCUCAACCAAAAAUAUUGCAAUGCAAAAGGAUGGCAUUCAGCUAGGUGCUAGGUGGUUUCUGGAGGGAAAACAAAAACAAUAAUACUGGCAAUAAAAUGACCUGUGUUCAGCCAGCGAGGGAGAGCAUUUUAAGAUGGCAAAGAAAAGCAGUGGAUGGCUGUUGUCAUUUCUAAGAGAUUCACAAUUUAUAACCCAAUUCGUACAUUGUAUGCUAAGUGAUAAAUAGUUGUUGGUUGGAGUUUGUUUUCUAAAUUGUAGUAACUCUAAAUUACUUUAAAAAUAAAAAAUACAUAACUCAGCAUAACUGUAAUAAGAACAUAAGAAACAAGAGUAGACCAUUCUGACUGUAAACCAACUUUGGCAUUCAAUAAGAUCUUGGCUGAUCUUUUUCCUAGACUCCAGGUUCUCACUGUAUCUGUCCAUCACUUGAUGUUUUUAGCAUCCGAAAAUAUGUAUUGAUCCACUCGAGUAUAUUCAAUGAAUAAGCAUCUAACUUGGUACAGAAGACCAAAGAUUCACAAUCUUCCGAGAGGGAAUGUCUUCUCCUCUCAGUCCUGAAUGGCCACCCCUGAUAUUGAGACCAUGACCCACUUUUUCUGGACUCACUAAACAAAGAGGAAAGUUGCUCCCAGCAAUUACUCUAUCAAACUUCUUAAUGUUUUUGUUUCAAGUGUUUAUCUCUUUCUUUUCAAAAUUAGGGAAUAUAGGCCAAAUCCCCGCACACUGCUCAAAGCAACAAUCCCCUCAUCCUAGAAAUUAGACAAGUGAACCUUUGUUUCAUUUAUUCUAAGGCAGGAGGUGCCAUUUCUUAGGAAAGAUGACAAACAGCACACAGUAUGCUUUCCUAAUUGUCAUGUAACAUUGUAUUAACUUUGUGAUACUGAUGCAAAGAUAACGGUGUUCCUCUCAUCAUUUAAAAAUAUUCUGGUUUACAGUUUUCCCUAGGAGAGGAUAACUUCACAUUACUCCACAUUAUUUCAGAUCUGUCACAGUUGUACUGUCAUCUCACUUGCUUUGACAGGCCCUUUUUUUGCCUCCGUCCAGAUUAUUUUCCCACUAAACUGUGUAAUGCCAGCAAAUGUACAUACAAUACACUCAGUCCCCUCAUCCGGUUCAUUUAUGUUAAAUUGUAAAUAGGUGAGAUCCAAACAAAGGGCCUGAUGUACUCCUUUAUUUGCAGCCUUGCCAAGCAAAAUUUUUCUUUAUACUUCCACUCUCUAUUUUCUGUCUAUUUGUAGUUACCACUGCAUGCUAAUACAUUAUAUUAAAGGCCUUUGAACCGUAAUUUUCUGUAAUAACCUGGUGGUAUCUUAGCAAAUUUUACUGAAAAUUCAAUAUAUCCACUUAUGACCCUCUAUAUACCCUCUAAGCUACAAUUUCAAAAACACUAAAAUUUGUCAAACAAUCAUAAAUUUGAAAUUACUUUAUGAAAUUAUAAAGAUUUCUGAAGUGCUCCAUUUUUCUUGUUUUUAAUAUAGAUUAAGCAUCGCUGACAUCCAGCUAAUUGCUUUAAUUGUAUAAUAAAACAUGAAAAUGAAAAGAUCACAAUUUUUUAAACAAGUGCAUUAACAGAGGACUAUUUAAUAAACAUUACAGCAGUGAAUAUGCAAGAGCUGUUGAAGAACUGAAGUGUGAAGAUGGCACUUACAACAAUCUGAAAGCAGCAAGAGACACAUUUAAAAAAGUCC